CGACACAGAGCUCGCAUCGCUCCGACAGUCGCUCGAUCGCCGCUCUGCCGUUCACGACUGAGGGGAGCUGCGCGAAACCUGAAGCCUCCAGGCCUCCGAGGAUGGACUCCAUACCUGCGGGGCGAGACUCCAGCUCCUCGCCAAGCUCCAAGCAAGAACUUUCCUACCCGAGCACCAACAACCUGAAGCCCAACCAGGUCGGAGAGACCGUGCUGUACGGAAUACCCAUCGUGUCUUUGGUGAUAGACGGCCAGGAGAGACUUUGCCUGGCACAGAUCUCUAACACCCUGUUGAAGAACUACAGCUAUAACGAGAUACACAACCGGCGCGUGGCGCUGGGGAUCACCUGCGUCCAGUGCACCCCCGUCCAGCUGGAGAUCCUGCGGAGAGCCGGGGCCAUGCCCAUCUCCUCCAGGCGCUGCGGGAUGAUCACGAAACGCGAGGCCGAGAGACUUUGUAAGUCAUUUCUAGGAGCUCAUUCGCCUCCUAAACUUCCAGAAAAUUUCGCCUUUGACGUGUCCCACGAGUGCGCCUGGGGGAGUCGAGGCAGCUUCAUCCCGGCCAGAUACAACAGCUCCCGGGCCAAGUGCAUCAAGUGCUCCUAUUGCAACAUGUAUUUUUCCCCCAAUAAAUUCAUAUUUCACUCGCAUCGCACGCCGGAGUCCAAGUACACGCAGCCAGACGCAGCAAAUUUUAACUCCUGGAGGCGGCAUCUUAAAUUAACCGAUAAAAACAGCCAGACAGAGAUUUUACACGCGUGGGAAGACGUGAAGGCCAUGUUCAACGGGGGUAGUCGUAAGAGGACGCUGCCAGGCAGCGGGUCAGAGUCCAGCUCCCCGUUAAAAUCACAAGGACCCAACCGUCCCCGAGAAUCAGCCGAGAUACCCGCAAAGAUCCUCAGCUGCGAGGACAACCGCGGCGGCAUGACGAGCACACGCAGCUACCCAGUCAUCCCGGUGCCCAGCAAAGGCUUUGGGAUGCUGCAGAAGAUCCCGCCGCCGCUCUUCCCACAUCCGUAUGGGUUCCCGGCGUUCGGCCUGUGCCAGAAGAAAGAAGACGGUAUAAUGGGAGAGCAGAGCAAGGCGGGCCUCCCGGGCGUGCUGUGGCCCGGUACCAAGGACAGCGCCUACCACUCCUUCCCCAUGUUCUGGCCCGCGGCGGGCGCGCUGCCCAUGCCUCCGUACCCCCAGGCCCAGCACAAACCCACGCCGGAGCUGCUGUGUCCUCCUCGACAGACUGACAUGGACAUAUCUGAGCACAGCGACCGGAGCACCAACACGUCAAAAGACAGCAUGGUUGAAAACGACCGGUGCUCCAGCACGCAGUCCGCGCGUAACGACGACGACAAGUCGGGGGACGAGGCGAGGCCGCUGGAGGGGAUGGCGCUGGCCCCCCGCAAAAUCAGCUACGUCUCCGCCUUCAGACCCGUUAUCAAAGACGCGGACUGCAUCGCCAAGCUGUACGGCAACAGGGGCGCUUACAACGGGUGCCGCACCGGCUAUUUAUCGCCCGAUUUUUUAAGCGAGAGCUCGAGCUACCGCUCCAUGUCGCCCUGCGUGGACAGCGAGGGCGAGCCGGACGUGGAUGUGGAGACAAACAAAACACCAGAUGAGGAGGAGGAGGAGGAGGAGGAGGACUCCCGGCCUCUGUCCUCGGUGUGUCCUCGAACUCCUGCCGGCCUGGCGCACAGUGUUUCGCCAGACGAUUCAGACUCAAAGGGAUUGCAGGGGAGCAGUCUGGCAGACUCCCAGAAAACGAGCCUACACGUGGCCCAGUCCUCUGAAAGAGAACUGCAGAGCAAGCAGUUAUCAGAGACCCACAUAGCCGCGUCUUUUACUGAAGUUUACACACCGGAGAGGGCUGAGCUGCAACAAAGGAGCAGUUCCUAUCAGUUCAGACCUGCGAAUUACCAGACUGGAGUUCUUACGACAAAUGAUGAGAGUGCGAGUAAAGAGGAGCCGUCUUCUACAGUGGAGGAGAUCGAAACGAAAUCUUGUAAUGAACAAAGCAGCGAGGAGAACCAGCGAGAGCCGGAGGAUGGCGAAGACGCGCUAGCCAGAGCUCUGCCAACACAAAGAAACAUAGAAACUCUGGCAAAAGAGGAACUACAGAAGCAGCUGUUAGAGCAGGUUGAGCUGAGGAAAAAGCUGGAACGUGAAUUUCAAAACCUGAAAGAUAAUUUUCAGGAUCAAAUGAAAAGGGAACUUUCCUACAGGGAGGAGAUGGUUCAGCAGCUUCACAUCGUCAGAGAAGCUCACGACGCUUUGCACCAUUUCUCCUGCAAGAUGUUGACUCCUCGCCACUGCACCGGGUCCUGCUCCUUCAAAUCUCCGCUGCUGCCACCCUGA